GGGGACCGCGUCGUGGAGGUGAACGGGCUCAACGUGGAGCAGGAGACGCACCACCAGGUUGUGCAGCGCAUCAAAGCCGUGGAGACGGAGACCCGCUUGCUCGUGGUAGACAAGGAGACGGACGAGUACCUGUGCAGCCUGCGCCUGACGUGCACGGAGGAGAUGGCGCACAGCGCCAGCGUUUCACCCACCAAGUCAAUGGGCAGUGACAACGGGGAGGUCUGGAAGCCACAGCUGGAUCUGAGCGGGGACAGCCUCCAGCGGCACUCACACAGCUUCUCCUCGCACGGCAGCAGGAAGGAUUUAAACGGACAGAAGGAGCUGUGCCCGCGUCUGUGCCACCUGAAGAAAGGCCCCAAUGGCUACGGCUUCAACUUGCACAGUGAGAAGUCCCGACCAGGGCAGUUCAUCCGCUCGGUCGAUCCCGACUCACCGGCCUCCAGAGCGGGGCUGCGGCCCCAGGACCGGCUGGUGGAGGUGAACGGCAUAAAUGUGGAAGGCCUGCGGCACUCAGAGGUGGUUUCCCACAUUAAGUCCAGAGAGAACGAAGCCAGGCUCCUGGUGGUGGACCCCGAAACAGAUGAUUACUUCAAGAAGCUGGGGGUGACCCCCACAGAGGAACACACCAAAGGAGUGGUACCUCAGCCCAUGACAAAUGGAUCCGCACAGACUCAGCUGAAUGGAGGAUCCACAUCUUCAUCUCACAGUGACCUUCAAAGUCCUGGAAAGGAAUCAGAGGAUGGAGACGCGGAGAAGAAAGACCCGUUUGAGGAGAGCGGGCUGACCCUGAGCCCAACAGCUGCUGAGGCCAAGGAGAAGGUGAGGGCCAAGCGGGUGAAGAAGAGAGCUCCGCAGAUGGACUGGAACAAGAAGCGAGAGAUUUUCAGCAAUUUCUGA